GUUGUCUUGUCGAACUAUCGAAGCGUGUUUGGGAAUUGGGAAGUGCAUUGGAUAUAAUUCUUUGACUUUAUUAAUUUUUAUUUGGCGUUCUUGUGACAAAAUCAAAGCUCAACAACGAUGUCUGGAUUAGGAAACUUCAGUUUAAGUUCUCUGGGCUCUAUGAGUACGCUUGGAACCUUAGCUCAGUCGGCACAACGACUUGAUCGCCUCAUGGCUGGGAAUCGUUCACGACAACAGGAAGGCAACUACGGUCGCAAUAAUUCACGAAGAUCUAUGGAUGAUGACUUCUUUGGAGGAAGAAGUAGUGAUCGCUCUCGAAGAAGAUCGCCUUCGCCGCCUAGGGUAAAUAUUAGAGUAGAUUUUAUUUGGAAAUUGUCCAUUUAGAAAUUUACAGUUUAUAGACAGCUGAGCUAGAAAGAUAGAUAAAACCCACUGUUUCGGUUUAUAUAUUUGUGUUUCUGCAUGCCUUUGAUAUCCAAAACGUAGUCCAGAGAAUUGUGUGAGAUCUAUAUCAAAGCUUGCAUAUUUCCCUUAUGACGUUGAGAUUUUUUCUGCACAUUUUCAAAAAAAUCCUACAACUGUGUAGUUUUGAUAAAAUUAAUGCAUUUUAAUAUUUCCACUAUUAUGUACUGAGAGCAAGCUUCAUGCAAGCCAUUCUAAAAUUUCAGCCUUCAUUUCCACACUGCCAAAAUUAUACUUUACAUUCUGGGGAAUAUCCUAGUACAGUUUAUAACUAUCAUCAAAAGUAAAUUUACUCUUUGAGGCAGUGGAAAUUUCCUCUGUACAGGGAGUGUGGAUCUUAUUUCGAAUGACCCAAUCGACAUUAUUUAGUGGACCGGUGGUGCAUGCUAUGUAAAUAUGCCAGCUUGCAAGUUUUGAGUAAAGGCCCCUCGUACUCAUAGAGGGAGGUUAGGAGCAGCUGUUCAUAUUUUUUAAGUAGUUGUAUCUCCAACACACCGCUUCUGCUUGUGAUCAUUGCUACCUAUACUGGCAAAGACUGUUUGAGACUAUAGUUUUUCUUGAAAAAUAGCAAGUUUAGCAUCUAGGCAAUAAAGAUUAACCCAUUUAGUUGCAGCACUUUCCACUUGAUGAGUAAAAUCAUCUGGCGUUAGAGUAAAAUAAUAAAGUAUGGUGCAUUUGGGUGCAAAUGUUGCCACUCAAAUGGUUAAACUGGUUGCAUGGGUAGCAGCGCACUCCCCCCUUUAUAAGUAAGAUUGUCUGGUGUUAGUAAAAUAUUAAUAAAGUAGGAUUCAUCAGGGCACAAUGCCACUAAAAGGGUUUUGCCAGUGUUUUUGUACAACGAGUCAUAAAUUUGAUGUCGGACACUGUAAUUAAGUUGGGCUGUUUAUAUUGUCCAGUUUAUAUGUACCCGGGAUUCAAUGAAGUGUGAAGUAUUUUGAGUAAUUGAAUUAAGUUACACUUCAUGAUGUAACAAAAUUGUUUGUGACAGAUUGUAUGAAAUUCCAUGUUUUAGACAAAAAAACAAAUGUUGUUGAAUGCUAUUAAUUGUCUUCUUCCACUACAUAACUUCUAGAAUGUUCCUAAUUUCGUUUAACAAUAUCUACAGUUAUCGAGCAAUUAAAGAACGUAUUUCAAUUGCUCAAAAUACUUACACUUCAUUGAAUCCUGGGUAAGCGGGACCAUAUAAACAGCCCCUAAUUAAAAUGGGUACAUUGCAUCUUGAUGUGUUUCUAGACUUCAUUUGCAAAGGCAAGGUCCCAAUCAUUGAAAUUCAUGGACUUGCCUGCUUGCUAGGAUUGAAGUGUAAAGAGAUGUACCUUCUAGGUAUUAACGUCUUGGCAACUGGAUCAAGUGUUGUGGUGGCUUUUCCAUUUGGUGGUCUAGCCAAUAAUCGGAUCAAAAUAAGCCGCUGUUUUCAAAACAAAUGAGAUGAAAAACCAAAUUUCUGGUCAGAUUACUUAGAAGAUCUCAACUCGUCCGAAUUUUUUAUGUAAACAUCUGAUCCUUGCUACCUUGUGGUAUCAUUGUCCAUUCUUGUAUUUUGCUACCAAUUCAUUAUACUCUACAUUCUUCAAAAAUGUAGAUCAUAUAAAUUAUUCUUUUUCUGUCCUAUAUUUCCGCCAUUCUCUUCUCUUACUACAACUGAAUAAGUAAAAACACGAAUGUUUAAAUCUAAGUUUUAUCAAACCUUUACCCUUUCAAACCCUGUAAUAGGAGAACUAAGACUCAUCUUGCAUUUCGAACUCUAAACUGAUAGUUGUAGCUUCCCCCAUUGAACAUCUGUAUUCCACAAGCUAAAUCAAUCAAGUUGGAACUCUCCCCAUGCGGCGGAACAGUUUCCUCAUUCAACAUUUAUUAUUUGGUAUUUCAGUGUGAGUUGGAAGUAUAUCAGUGAAUAAAACAGUAUUAUAACAAUUUGUCCUUUCAAAACUGCCAAGUUUUCUGACUUGCUAAAUCUUCAGUUCAUUUCUAGGAAAUGGAAAUUUCCAGUUUUACUGUAUCAAUUUGACUUUUCUGACAUUAUUUUCAGCAUAUUAUGUAUUGAGAAUUGAAACAUGUGUCAAGUGGGGCUAAAGUAAUCAGCAUCAAGUCAAGAUAGUAGCUUGGCUUUGUUAUUAGCCAUCAUCGUACUAUAUUGUUCAAUGUCAGUGAAUAAAAUACAUAAAAUUCUUGAUAUUGUCUGAGGUGCAAUAGCAAUUGAUACCCUCACACAUCAGACACUUCUAUUUAUCAUAAUUUAUGUAGUAGCUGUACAUAGUGACAAAGCAAUCAUGCAGCCCAACCCUUGGGAACUCUGCAACCUUCGUUACCUGCUGGACGACUGAUCUGCUAUGGUCAUUUGACCCUGUGGCACAACUUGCAAGUUAUAAGAAGAAUAUUGUGGAUGUUUGGAAAUCCUAUAAUUUCAAGUUUUCAUCAUUUCAAAAUUUCAUUUACAGUAUGCCACAAAUCAGUGCCAUGACUUUGUAAAAAAUGAGGAUCCACUAGUUUUCUUGUUUUUCCUCCAAAUAUGUCGCCGUCACCAUGACAAGUUAUCUUCCAAUUUUAAUCAUGGAGUCAUCCAAUGAUUUCCCUGAAAGGUCUCAAAACAAAUAUUUUGAAGAUUGUGAAAAUCACCUUGAGUGAAAAUUUACUUUCAGCACAUCGUUGGCAACUUAUACAUGUGAUAUGUUAUCAUGCUUUUCCCCUUCAACCCUUGCCAAGCUUUGAAAGGCUUGUGAUCCUAUUCCUCCCAUGCUAGUGCAUUUGCAUGCUCAUCUCUGUGUCAUUGUGAAGUGUGCUUUUGCAGUGAGCAUAACAAGUGGCAAUGGUGUACAGUACCAGAAUACAGACUAAUAGAAAGCUUGGAAAUUGCCAACUGUGAUUGUGCUUAUCCAUAAUUUGUUGCAGAAGUAGUCAUUCUGUCCAUGGCAUGGACUUGAUAUCCGUCCAUAAUUUUUUGUCAGAAAACUGAUCUUCAGCCAUACCCAUGACAAAUUUAUCUUAAGUUGUUUCUCAUUUCCAACUCAAUUCUCUGUACUAUGACAGCGAUUUAAUCGUGAUGACAGACACAGUGACGAUCGCCGAGACAGAAGAAGGAGCCAUGAUGACAAUAUUUAUGGAUCAACAAGUGGUGCUGGAAUCUUAGGUGCUGCCCCAAGUAGGAAUGACAGGCCUUCAAUGAAUUCAGGUUUGCAUGUUAUAUCAAGUAACAGUUGUAGAAUUUAUAUGUAAGAUGAUUUUAUGAUGAUACUGUAAUGUAUGUGCUCGUUUUGGUGGUUUCGCAGUGGUAUUUCAUAUCUUACACUUUUACUUAUAAACCUUCUUUCAUCUUUCAAAGUCCUUCAUUUCAAUAUUUUGCUUAUCUCUGAAGGGUCAUGAAUCUGGAAUCAUUUGGAUCACCUCUUUGUUUAUCGGAUAAAAAUUAUUUUAUAUAUCCUGACAGUGUUUUUUGUUUAUUUAUGUUUUCCUAAUGAAUCUUUCCAGUUUAUAAUCAUCUUUCACUUUAUGUCAAAGCUACACCUUAAAGUUAUCAUCUAGAAUCCACUUCUAUCAACUUCUAUCUAAAUAGAUUUCCACGCCCUUUGCUUUAUGUGGUACUUUUAACUGAAGCCUAUUUAAUCUACAGUUCUAUUAAUUUUAAUAAUAGUGUAACAAUAUAUCGAUUAUGUUACAAUGCCAUGUGGUAAUUAAAAUUAAUCCUCAUUCUUUCAUGGUCUUCAGUCAUGAUGAAUAAAACAUCUCAUUUCCUACUUUCAUAUAAUCUUAGGUUUUUUGCCCAGUCUCUCACUGCUACCACUUUUUUGAGCUUAAUUAAAAUACUUCCUAGCUGUUUUCUCAAAAAAGUUUUUAGACUUCAUUUUAGUUAGAACAAUUUAGUUAAAUACAAGAAGUGAUUUUUAAAAUUUGCAUCAUUUUGCAAAAUCAGUAUCAUUUGUAUAGCCCUGUAACUAUAAUUCUUAUUCAAAAGGAUGAAUCUCUUUGCCAAAACAGCAUGUGCUUUGUUUCAAAAGGUCUAGGUGAUGUAGGUGGUCCAUCAUGGAAUGAUAGCAGUGCCAAUCCUAAUCUAAACCUCAACAACUCUCAGACCCAACAACUUCUGAACAUGAUGCAGACACAACAGCUCUUGGCUGCUGUUCAAGCUCAAGCAAAGCUAGCCAACCAGUCACCACCAAGUCUGAUGGGUAAUGCUGGAUAUUCUCGGCAAGGUGGAAGGCUGAUGAACCAAAGAGGUGGUCGGUUCAAUCGAAAUGAUCCACCACGUCAAGGAGCAUAUAACAGGAGAGAUGAUCGUAAACGAAGACGGUCCCCUCCACCCCGACCAUUCAAGCGUGAACGAAGAGAUGUCAAUACAGCAAGGUUUCUAGAUGUAUUUGUAUUGUUUGAAUUUGAUUUUGUAUAAGUUCUGUUUGGACAGGACCUGAAUGAGGUCAGACUGGGGUCAUGUCUUUAGUUCUGAAUUUCAAAAC